AAAAAUUUAUGUACUUAUUUGAAAUCAUCGACAAACUAUUGUUACUUAGUAUGAAAAUCUUUAUUUCCCUUCACGCCCAUUUGUAACCAUAAAUAAUAAACUAUUGAUAAUUAGUUCACUGGAUCAUUCGUUCGGUGUGUUGGUAGCCCCGCGAGUUUGAUAUUUGUUGGUUUCGUGAAGCAUGCCAUCUGGGGCACCUUUGUUUGUCCUUAACCGUACAGCUCGUGGAGAGCAGGGAAAAUCUGUACAGUUAGCCAACAUUGAAGCGGGAAAGACAGUUGCAGAAGUAAUAAGAACGUGCUUAGGACCAAGGGCAAUGUUGAAAAUGCUUAUGGAUCCUAUGGGGGGGAUAGUAAUGACUAAUGAUGGAAAUGCAAUAUUGAGAGAGAUUACUGUCGAGCACCCUGCCGCUAAAUCGAUGAUAGAAAUCGCGCGGACUCAGGAUGAGGAAGUCGGGGACGGUACUACCUCCGUAAUUAUCCUCAGUGGAGAAAUGUUAGCAGUUGCUGCUCCCUGUUUGGAAAAACAGAUACACGCUACAAAAAUUAUAUCCUCAUUUCGAAAAGGCCUUGAUGACAUGCUUGUAUUACUUCAUGAAAAAUUGAGUGUUCCAUGUGAUGCAUCAAAUGAACGAGAGGUCCAAAAGAUCAUUCAAAGUUGUGUCGGGACAAAACUCAUAAAUCAGUGGUCCGACCUAGCUUGCAAGAUUGCUUAUGAUGCCGUAAAAAUCGUAACAGUGGAGACCGACGGCCGUAAAGAGAUAGACAUCAAACGGUACGCAAAAGUGGAAAAGAUUCCUGGUGGGUCUGUUGAAGACUCGGUUGUUCUUGAUGGCGUUAUGUUUAAUAAAGAUGUUGUGCAUCCUCGUAUGUCAAGAAGAAUAGAGAACCCCAGAAUCUUGCUUAUGGACUGUAAUUUAGAGUAUAAGAAGGGCGAAAGCCAAACAACAAUGGAGUUAUCAGAUGAUAAGGACUUCACUCGUGCUCUAGAAAUCGAAGAGUCCUUCAUCAAGGAAAUGUGUGACCAAAUUAUCCAAUACAGUCCCAAUGUUCUUAUUACCGAAAAGGGAGUUAGUGACCUCGCUCAACACUAUCUGAGCAAAGCCAACAUAUCUGUUAUAAGGCGACUCAGAAAAACAGACAAUCUGCGCAUCGCAAGGGCAUGCGGUGCUACUAUUGUCAAUAGACCAGAAGAAAUCAAGGAGGAAGAUAUUGGCGUUCAAGCUGGUCUUUUUGAAGUAAAAACAAUAGGAGACGAGUAUUUCACAUUCAUAACAAAGUGCAAGAAUCCCAAAGCUUGCACUAUUCUACUCAGAGGUGCCAGCAAGGAUGUACUCAAUGAAGUCGAACGCAAUUUGCAAGAUGCCAUGAAUGUAGUUCGUAAUGUUAUGUUGGAGCAGCGAUUAGUUCCUGGAGGUGGUGCCAUUGAAAUGGCCCUGGCUCAAGAAUUAACUCAAAAAUCAAAAUCAGUUAAUUCUGCCGUUCAGCAAAUGGUUUACCUCGCAAUGGCACAAGCCUUAGAAGUGAUACCCAGGACGUUAGCUAAAAAUUGUGGUGCAAAUGUUCUUCGACUUAUCACGGAGCUUCGUGCUCGUCAUGCUACUGAUCCUGCUAAGUAUUGGACAUUUGGUGUAAACGGAGUGUCUGGACGGAUUGUCGAUAUGAAAGAACUGGAUAUUUGGGACCCCUUGACAGUCAAAGCCCAAACUCUUAAGACAGCAGUUGAGACGGCGAUUUUGCUGCUGCGAAUAGAUGAUGUUGUUUCUGGGGUAAAAAAACAAUCAGGAGAUAAUACGCAAACGCCUCCAGCCACUGAAUAAAGUUCCUGUCGCACCAAGUAUUUCUUAACCUAAAAUAUAUAUCGAUUCUACCUGCGUUUACUGUUACAUUCGUAAUUAUUUCUUAUUGUAUGAAAACAUUUUCUGAGCACUACUACAUUUCGCUUGUUCCAAUUCGUGUGCAUCAUGAUUGCUUGGAAGGGAUUAGACUGUGGAGAAUUUAUUACCCAGGGUUCAUAGCAAUAAAUUCAAAUGUACUAAACGGCUAUCCCAUCAGGUCAAGUAGGCUUAUCUCACUGGUUAGUCUCAAUUGCUAGGAUUUCUCAGAAGUGUGACAAAUCUUCAAUCUUUAGAACUAGAGGUCGGCUAAUAUCAACCUCCAGUUACUUUGAACAUGGUCUAGUCUUUUUUAAACAGCAAUGCAACAAAUAAAUAUUAACAUUCUCAUGGCUUCGUUUAGUGUAACUCAUUGUGGUUAGGAUAACGAGUGGUUGAUUCCUCUCUGGUAUUUCGUACCAAUGUGUUUAAUCCUAAAACAUCAGUUAUCUUCCUACCAAGAUAUAUAUAUAUAGAGAGAGAGAGUAGAGAAUUAGCUAUAAUUUAACACGUUCUGUUUCUAGUUUUGUGUUUCCAAAUUUGCCUUUUUUUCCUUUGUCUAACACUAACUCCUAUCCAUUAAAAUGAACGCAUAUCUAGUCUAAUUUUGUCGAGUUCACAUCUUGAUUCUCGGAUUAUUUUUCUGUAUUACAUCUUCAUACUGUCUAAA